AUGACUGUUGGAUUUGGUGAUUUGUACCCGAACGGAACUGUACAGUAUAUGAGUAUUUCGAUUGUUUUCAUAUUUAUUGGCCUUGUUUUAACGACUUUGGGUGAGUUCUCCGAGAGAAGUACACAAUUUUUUGCAAAAAAAAAUGCAAUUUUUCAGCCGUUGAUGUUAGUGGAAGUGUUUGCAUUGAUAAGAUUCAUUCGUUGGGACGUGGAUUUGAUGCGAUGAAAGUUUUGAAGGCGCUCAAAGAGAAGUGAGUUGGGAUUUUUGGCCGGAACUGUUGUUACCAUGAGAUUCAGCGUGAAAAAUUGAUCUAGAACUUUUUUUCCGGGGUGAAAAUGAGCGGCGGGAUCGAACUUGCGACCUGCAACCCGGUAGGCAAACGUCUAACCGGUUACACCACACAUUGCUAGGUGAAAGGUCGCAGGUUCGAGUCCCAGUGGGAACUGUUUGGAUUUUUUUUGCUGGGGGGAGGGUUUAGAGCCGAAAUUUUGAGUAGAACUUGCAAACUUGGCUCAACUGGUUAGCAUUUAACUUACAAGGUGAAAGGUCACAGGUUCGACUCCCGAUGGGAACUUUUUUGAAUUUUUUUUGCUUUAAAUAGUUCCUGGCUAAAAUUUUACGGAGAUUUCUAAAAAUAAGCUCCAAACAAAUUUUUUUCAGCCAAAAGGUCCCAGUUCGAAUCCGCAUGGGAACUUUUUUUGAAAAAUUUCCAGGGCUCAAAUUUCACUAAAAAUCCAAAAAUUUCCAUGAAAAUGAUCAGAAAAUCAAUUGCCACGUGGAUUUUCUCAGGUCCAAAAAAAUGACCUCCACGAAAUUUGCGGUAGGCAAACGUCUAACCGGUUACACCACACAUUGCUAGGUGAAAGGUCGCAGGUUCGAGACACAGUGGGAGCUAUUUGGAUUUUUUUUUUUGAGGAAAAGGGUUCAGGGCUGAAAUUUUGAAUAGAACUCUUUGCUCAACUGGUUAGCAUUUAACUUACAAGGUGAAAGGUCACAGGUUCGAUCCCCACCGGGAACUUUUUUGAAUUUUUUUUCUCGAAAUAGUUCCUGGAUAAAAUUUUAAGGAGAAUAAGCUCUAAGCGAAUUUUUUUCAGCCAAAAGGUCCCAGUUCGAAUCCCCAUGGGAACUUUUUUUUUGAAAAAUUUCCAGGGCUCAUAUUUCACUAGAAAUCUAAAAAUUUUCAUGAAAAUGAUCAGAAAAUCGAUUGCCACGUGGAUUUUCUCAGGUCCAAAAAAAAUGACCUCCACGAAAUUUGCGUUCCGAAAAACUAUGUUAUGUUUUUUGCGGCCUGCCACUUGAAAAAGAUGACCACAAGGUCAACCCAUCCUUUUUUCUUGGUAAAUUUUCCCAAAAAAAAUUGUCUUCUCUCUCUGUCUUAUUUUCUUUUAAUAAAUUUAAAGGGUCAAGGAAAUGAAGAAAACCAGACAGUUAUCAUGCAAAAUACAUUUUUUUUGUCCAUAGUCAACUUGUUUUUUUUUCGAGAUUUUUUGGUGUUGGCCAUGGUUAAUUAGGUCAUUUUCGCGGAGAUUUUGAUCUAUAACAUUACAAUUUUCCCUAUUCUCUCAUCCAAUUUCAUUUGUGUGUUGUUUUUCCAAGAAUUUUCCCAUAGUUCCUGGUUAUUUUUAUGCAUUUUCUUGUCAAUUUUCGAGAUCUACACAAAAUCUCAGCCCAGAAACCCUAUUUUUUCCCAAAAAAUUUCAAAAGUUCCCAGUGGGGAUCGAACCUGUGACCUUUCACUUGGUAAUUUAGUAGCUAACCAGUUGAGCCAAAUUUGUUCUUUGUGUUUUUGGGGAAUUUUUUUCAAAAUCUAUAUUUUUUAUGCAAAAAUUUGGAAUCUUUGUGAAAUUUCAACCCAGGAACCUUUUUUUCCUACUCGAAAAAUUAAAAAAAAAAAAUUAAAAGUUCCCAGUGGGUCUCGAACCUAUGACCGUUCACCUGGUAAUUUAGCAGCUAACCAGUUGAGCCAAAUCUGUUCUUUUUGGUUUUUUCGGGAUUUUUUUUUCAAAAUCUAUCUUUUUUUAUGCAAAAAUUUGGAAUCUUUGUGAAAUUUCAACCCAGGAACUUUUUUCUUCAAAAAUUUAGAAAAAAUUUCAAAAGUUCCCAGUGGGACUCGAAACUGUGACCCUUUACUUGGUAAUUUAGCAGCUAACCAGUUGAGCCAAAUCUGUUCUUUGUGUUUUUUGGGAUUUUUUCUCAAAAUCUAGCUGAAUUUUUAUUUUUUUAAAGUUCCAUGUGGGAUUUGAACCUGCACAAAAAUCCACGUGGCACACGAUUUUCUGCUCAUUUUUAUGAGUUUUCUUGUCAAUUUUCGAGAUCUACACAAAAUUUGAGCCCAGGAACUUUUUUCCUACCAGAAAAAAAAAAGUUCACACGGGGUCUCGAACCUGUGACCCUUCACCUGGUAGUUUAGCAGCUAACCAGUUGAGCCAAAUUUUCAAAAAUUCCGUUCUCAUUUCAAAAUUCUAUCGAUUUUUUCGCGUUCUGACCGAUUUCAAGAUAAAAAUGUCCGCAAAGUUUAAUUGACCUUUGAAGAAAAUUUUUCUGGCGAUAAAAAUCUUUUUAUUUUUUUGAAAAUUUGAUUUUUGUCUGAAAUUCAGGCGAAAUUUCACAUUUUGAGCCAGAUUUUUGAAAUCUGCGCGAAAUUUCGAUCAAAAACGCGUUGAUUUGGCUCAACUGGUUGGCUCAUAAUUUACCAGGUGAAAGGUCACAGGUUCGAGCCCCACUGGGAACUUUUGAAGUUUUUUUUCGAAGGGGAAAAAAGCUGCUGGGCUGAAAUUUUGUGCAGAUCUCGAAAAUCCACCUGAAAACUUUUGAAAAUAUACCAAUUGGAAGGUCACAGGUUCGAGCCCCACUGCGAACUUUUUUUCAAAUUUUUAUAUGUUUUUUUCUCCAGUUUCCUGGACCCAAAUUUUACCAGGAUUUCAAAUUUUCGAAUGAAAAUCCUGGCAUUUCAAGGCGAAACUGGAUUUCUGUCAAUUCAUCCAGAAAAAUAUACAUACAUACAUAAUUAUACUACUAGUAAAAUGUUUUUCUUGUUUUGUGUUCAAAUCCACUUUUUCUCAUUUCUUGCAGUGUUCGUCAAAAAAGCGAAGAGGCUGCGCGAAAAGGGGCGGAGCUUCGACAAAAAAACAAGCAGCAGCAGCAGCAGAAGAAUUUUGUUGAUCUACCGCGUUGGUUUGCCUAUGUGCCCAAGGACGCCUUAACUAUUCCAUAUAUCGAUGAAUCAGCAAGGUUUGUGGGGUUUUUGGGGAAUUUUAGACGGGAUUUUUGAAUUCUACGUGAAAUUUUGGGCCGGGGACUUUUUUUCUGAUAUUUUUUGUGAAUUUUUAACCCAAACUUGAAAACUAGCAAUUUUGAGCCCUUGCCACGUGAAUUUUCAGAUUCCCCGUGAAAUUCUGACCCGGAAAAACCCUACCAUCAAAAAGAUCUGGCAAUUUUUCACUAGCGGGAUUGAACCCGCCACCUGUAGAUUGCUAAAUUAAUCUUUAACCAGCUGAGCCAGAUUUUCGCCGGGUGAAAGGUCGCGGGUUCGAUUCCUCGUGCCCGCUGAACAUUUUUUUUUCAAAAAUGUAUCUAGGGUUUAAUUUCACGGGGAAUCUGAAAAUCCACGUGGCAUUGGCUGAAAAUGGCUAGGAAAUUCGAAAAAAAUAAAGCCACGUGUCAAAAAAUUUUCCCAAAACAAAUUUUGUUUAUGUAAUUUGAUAUACCGAUUUUUCGAGGCGUCCCAGAAAAAGUUUUCAUUUUUUUUCGAAAAAAAAGUUUUUUAUUCAUAAAUUAUUCAACGAAUGUUAAUUAAGGGUAGGUCAAAAUGACGAUGUUUUUGGCGCGAAAAAAAACCACGUGGCGCGAAAAUUAUCGAUUUUUUUGCAGGACAACGUCUACUCGUACAAGUUUGUGA